CCUCUCCUUCCCCCUCCCUCCCCGCGUCCGUCUUCACGAUACCCUCAUCUCUCAAUUCCUGCUAGGUCCGGUUCCUCGGUUCUCUUGUUUCGUUGUUAUCGAUCUGUUUCCCCCCAAAACCGCCGCCAUGAGCCUCGACAUCACCAUCACGGGGUGGCAGACGCGCGAUGUGCGCUUUCCCACUUCGCUGGACAAGACCGGCUCUGAUGCCAUGAAUGCUGCUGGCGACUACUCUGCCGCCUACUGUAUUCUCCAGACUGACUCAAAGUACUCUGGACACGGCAUGACCUUUACCAUCGGCCGCGGAAACGACAUUGUUUGCAAAGCCAUUGACUACCUCGUCGAGAGAGUUAAGGGUAAGAAACUGUCGGAUCUCGUUUCCGACUGGGGAAAGACGUGGAGAUACCUUGUCAACGACAGCCAGCUGAGGUGGAUCGGCCCCGAGAAGGGUGUCAUUCACCUGGCCCUCGGCUCCGUCGUCAAUGCUAUUUGGGACCUGUGGGCCAAGGUUCUCGGCAAGCCUGUCUGGCGCAUCGUCGCCGACAUGAGCCCCGAGGAGUUCGUCGCCUGCAUCGACUUCCGCUACAUCACCGACGCCAUCACCCCCGAGGAGGCCAUCCAGCUUCUGAAGGAGCAGGAGCCCACCAAGGCUCAGCGCAUCAAGGAUGCCGAAAACAGCCGUGCCGUCCCGGCCUACACCACCAGUGCCGGCUGGCUCGGUUACGGCGAGGACAAGAUGAAGGGUCUGCUGCAGGAGACGCUGGGCAAAGGAUACCGCCACUUCAAGCUCAAGGUUGGCAGCAGCGUUGAGCAGGACAAGAGGCGUCUUAGCAUCGCCCGCGAGGUCAUUGGCUACGACAGCGGCAACAUCCUCAUGGUCGACGCCAACCAGGUUUGGUCUGUGCCCGAAGCCAUCGAGUACAUGAAGGAGCUCAAGGAAUUCAAGCCUUGGUUCAUCGAGGAGCCCACCUCUCCUGAUGACAUCCUCGGCCACAAGGCCAUCCGUGAGGCCCUGAAGCCUUACGGUAUCGGCGUUGCCACCGGCGAGAUGUGCCAGAACCGUGUCGUCUUCAAGCAGCUGCUCAUGUCGGGCGCUAUCGACAUCUGCCAGAUUGAUGCCUGCCGCAUGGGUGGUGUCAAUGAGGUCCUAGCCGUCCUGCUGAUGGCCAAGAAGUACAACGUCCCCAUCGUGCCUCACUCCGGUGGUGUCGGUCUUCCCGAGUACACUCAGCACCUGAGCACAAUUGACUAUGUCGUCGUCAGCGGCAAGCUCUCCGUCCUCGAGUACGUCGACCACCUCCACGAGCACUUCCUCAACCCCUCCGUCAUCAAGGACGGAUACUACCAGACCCCCACGGAGCCUGGUUAUAGUGUCGAGAUGAAGGCCGAUAGCAUGGACCAGUUUAGCUACCCCGGUAAGCCGGGUGUCAGCUGGUGGACCAGCGACGAGGCCAAGCCCAUCAUCGAGGGAGAGAAGAUCUAAAGAGGGACGGCAACGAGGCGCGCGCGCGCUCUCUCUCUCUUGUCGUGAACUCUCCAAGGGGUCGAGCAAAAAGGGUGGGUUUUGAGAAAAUAUAGUUGCUCGUCCGCAGGGAAACGAUGGCAUCCUGUAUGGCCGGCAAGUCGCCGGCUGUCCUUUGUAACGGACUUACGGUAUGGGAAUAAAAGGGGUCUGGCCAGGGAUAGAAGGCCAGUCCGCAGGGCAACGAUGGCAUCCUGUAUAGCCAGAGAUAACGGCUAUCCUUGUGCAUGGGUAAGGCGGACUGCAUUACUUGAAGUAAAUGAGAUUAGAGGGGGGGGUCUGGCCAAAAGAGAGCCAUUCCGCAGGGCAACGAUGGCAUCCUGUUACGGCGCAGUAGAGUUCUGCGUUCCGUCCCUAGGCAACUAGCGUUUGAUUUUCUUGGCUUUUUGCAACCAAAAAAAGGGGGGGUUUGGCUACCGGAGCCAUUCCGCAAGGCAACGAUGGCAUCUUGUAUAGUAUGAGCCUAGAGGCUCUCUAUCCCGUCACGAUAACGAAAUAAU